AUCAGCUUCUCUACCAGAUUAUUAACCCAAAAGAACCACAAAACGUAUCAAAGCCCAAAAGAAAUCUCGUCUCUCUUCGCCUUCGCCAUCUUCUGCUUCUGUCAGCCGCUGCUUCAGCUCUUGCCGGCGCCGCCACCCUUCUCCGAUUCGCCGCCCCCUCUUCUCGUUGCUUCUUGAGUCCGCUUGCUCUCGCGGCUCCCAUCCUCCGCUUCUUCUCCGCUGCAAGAAGAUGAUCGGUGUGGGAAAGAUAAAGCAGUAUACUAAUGUCCUUGACAAGCCUCUCACCAAGGGCAAGCAAGAGGUUAGUCUGAGUGCAUUUGCGUUCUUGUUCUCUGAGCUUGUCCAGUACAACCAAACUCAGGUUGACAACAUUGGCGAGCUUGAACGAAGACUGGAGGAUGCUGGAUAUGCAGUAGGGGCCCGAGUUCUAGAGCUGCUUUGCCACAGGGAUAAGGGAAAUAGAAGGGAGACACGACUGUUAGGAAUUCUCUCUUUUGUACACAGUACAGUGUGGAAAGUACUAUUCGGAAAGGUAGCAGACUCUCUGGAAAAAGGAACUGAACAUGAAGAUGAAUACAUGAUCAGUGAAAAGGAGCUCCUAGUAAACAGAUUCAUUUCUAUUCCAAAGGAUAUGGGAACGUUUAAUUGUGGAGCGUUUGUUGCUGGAAUAGUACGGGGUGUUCUGGACGGUGCCGGGUUUCCAGCUGUUGUAACUGCUCAUUUUGUGCCUGUGGAAGGCCAACAACGACCUAGGACAACCAUUUUGAUAAAAUUUGCUGAAGAGGUGUUGCAUAGAGAAGCAAGAUUAGGCUGAUGUUUUUACUGAAGAUUUUCAGUUAAGAUAUUUUUAAUGAGUAUUGUACAUCUCAUUAUAGGAAGAUUUGGAACUUUCACCUCUACAUGUGAGAAAAUAAUCCAGAAAUUUACAUGAUUCUAUUCUAUCCUAUUGGUAUUGUGUGUCGAAAAUUAAAUUUAAUGUUGAAAAACUGUUCUCGUGCUUCAUAUGAAUUUCAACAUUUCCAGGUCUUGCCUCUGGUGGUAUUUGGAUUGAGUAAGUAUAAAACACCACAAAUUGUAGCUUUGAUUUGUUAGAAACAAUUGGAAUGAAAAUGCCAAGUCAUGCUGUUUGGGCAUCA